AUGGGGCGCAGCGUUCAAGUGUAUAUAGAUAACUUUGUGAAAAGCAAAGAGCUUCCACCGCCUUCACAAAAGGCUGCAGUAUUCCAAUAUCUAGAUAAACUCAGGAUAGAUGCAGCAGCGAGUCGUAUGUACAAAGAUGCUUGCCAAAUACCAACAAAUUUCAAAAGAUAUGCAGCAAGCUUAUUUCGUGAACGCGAAAUGGAGAAAAUGCGAACACAUCAAGGAGAAUUUCAACAGCAAGAAGUGCGCUCCAAACAAAAAUAUCACAAAUACGCAACAAUAUAA